AUCAGAGUGAGGCUCGAUCAAUAACCAUCAACCAACAUGGCGUCUUGUUGUUUAGCUGUUUGGCAUUGUCUUCACCAAACUGUACUGCAUUGUACACCAGAAAGAAGGCUUUAGUCUCGCAGACUAGAUGAUGGCUGAAGAGGACGAGUCGCGAAAGGGGUAAGCGAGACGAAAUCUCUUCAAAUUUACGGCGUUUGGUUUAUUUAUAUGUCAUUUUACUUGCCACCUUCGAGUUACGGUCGAGCGAAUCGAUGAACUACCAUGUUUGCGAACCUUAAAAUUGAUGUUGUUGUCAAGAAGUUGCUUAAAUAUACUAUAUACCUUCUACCUCUUUGCUUUUAGACAAAAUUUAGAAAUGAUUGUCUCGAAGUUGGCUAAAGAAAAGCCGGGCAAUGGUAACAUUAUAUUGGUAAGUUUAAAGUCGAAAUAUUAUUGAUGACACCAGUUCAUGUCUCGAUCUAACGGUGACAGUCUUAAGCCGUAAACUACCUUUAACUUUCAGCGUGGUAUGUUUGAAAGUUGAAGUAAAGUUGGGGGCCAUUAAAUAUAAGGAAAGGGGCAAUGUUUAAGAAGUUUUUAUCGAAAUUUGUACGAGUUUAAUACAGGGGUUUUAAAUCUUCGCUGAUAUUGUUUUGCUUUGGCUGGUGGUGAAAAUUUGCCGUUAUUUCAUAAUCGGGCGAUGGUUUUUGGUGAUAUAUCUUCGAAUUUUGGGAAAGUUUUGAACUAGAUUUGUUAAAAUAUGGCGAGAAACGUAGCAGAGAUCGCAUAAUAACGUCAAUAUUUUCUAUUGAAAGCUCAAAACAAAAACGUUGAAUGGAAAACGUGUGUGCCACGCUGGUCAAGCGCUUUAGUCAAUGGCUAAACAACGAAUCUCGCGUAUUAUUUGCAUACCAUUUGUUCGCAGAACAAAGAAACGACAUGGUUCUUUAUUCUGUAAAAGUACAACACGAGUUUUUGGUGAAAAAGUGCAGGUUUUUUUUCGUUGUGGUGCGAAACGGAUUCAAUAUUUUGCUUCGGUUGUUGUUGAUAUAUAUCUGUUGAGCAGAUGUUUUCAUGUCCCCUCAAAGUGUUAUUAACAUUGUAAUUUAUUCAGAAAAGAAACUGUGCUUUAUUUUGUGUUUAUGUCAGGUUGUCAGAGCUUAUUAAAAAGGAAAUGAAGCUAAAAUAUUUGCUCAGGGGUUUGUCAGAUUAGUCAACUAGAAUCUUUCCAAAAGUUGGCAACCCUGCACUGUUAUAUAUUCUUUAAUGGUUUUGUAUAUUAAAAAGCAUAGACAUAAUAGCCAUUCAUAUCUUCUACUAGGAUUUCACAGCUGAAUCUUAAAGUUGGAACCUCCAAGCUUUUUUAAAAUACUCCACACACACAUUUUUUUUGCUCUAAAAUACAAACUUUAAUUCCAACUAGUUUUUUGGUAUUGUACGAUAUUGAAGAUGACAGUUUGAUAUUCAUACAUGUCAGAUGAAAUUUGGCUCAUAAACACUUUGUAUUUAUGCCAAAAUUUUAAAUUUAAUCUCCAAACAAGACCAGAAAUACCAAUUCUUUAUUUAUAUAUUUCAGUUUCUGCCUCAAAUACAGAGUUCUAAAAUCUAACUAGUUUUAUUAGCAAGAGAUUGGUAUACUGUACAAAUGAACUAACAGUUAUAAAUUGCACAAAAUAUUGUGUUAUGCAUGCAUAGCAGAUGGAACUAUUGAAAGGGCACAAUGGGAGACUAUAUUCAAAGAAUAAUAUAAAACAUUUUUGUGUGUCAACUAUAACACAUAAAGAGGUAUUUGGUUUUCAAUGAAUUUGCCAACAUUUUUGUAAAAUUUUGGUUUUAAAUUUGGUGGUGUUAGCUUGACUGUCUGUUGUCUAGGGUAUUAAGAGAAACAGCUGGUUCUCAUUUAAGAGCCAUGACUCGGUGUUUUUGGUCAUCAAGGCCUGACUCAAAUAAGUUUGAAUCAAAUUUAGUUUAGUAGAUAGAAUAAUAUAUUGUGGUAUUUGGUGAAUUUGUGGUUUGAUUUUAAGGCAAAUAGUGUAUAUAUUCGCAGAAAAAGGGUGUUACGUGAAUAUUGUGAAAAUGGGUAUAUUGCAUACGAGAUUGAUUUAUCUUUGAACCUUAUUUGAAUGACAAUCAGUUAUUUACUCUGAAAGUGUGCUCUGUCUCUCACAGCGCCUAAUGUGUGAUUGGGCAGUAAGAUAAGAGAAUCAAUUUUAACGAACCUUUAGCUCAGAGUGGUUUUGAAAGAACAUUUGGACAUUUGCUGACCAGUCGCCCACUAUUUGUAAUAUUAAAACUGAAACGAAAUUUAUAUAAUAUGUGAUGUUGCAUUAUUUGUAGUUCGGUUGAAGUUAUGUGUGAGCCAAUAUUCAUUUUAGUGAAGCAUUAUGAGUAUGCCCGACUAUAUUGUAUAUUGUAAGUUAUAAUUUAUACCCAUAUAUCAGUUUUCAAUAAAGAUUUUUGUAUUUGAUGCUGAUUGCAAUUGCAAACUGAAGAUUCAAUCAAUGUGACAAACUCUUACAAUAAAAUUAGAAUAUAAGCUAGUGCCUUACAUUAUCCAAACUUUUAAUAGCAUGUGUAUCAGGCCAUAAUUUUCCUUUAUCCAUCUGCCGUGAAACAACUAAAGCCCUGAUUGUAGGCAUCAGCUGGGCUGUUGCAGUAUAGCAACAUAUCAAUAAAUAUAUCAGUAUUUUUAAAUGAUUGAUUAUUUGAUAUUUGUUUUUUAUGUAUUGAUAUACUGAAAAUAUCGAAAGAUGAUCGGUAUUUUAAAUAUUGAGAGUACAUAACAGCUUUUAGAUGUUUUUUUUCCCAAUACAGAGAGCAAAUUUCCAGUAGACAUCGAAAAAUUUUAAGUAACUAUCAACUAGUUAGAAGUAACUACCGACUACUUGAAACUUUUGAGUAGUUGGUUGUUGUUUCAUCUGAAGUUGUGUCCACCUACCUCUAAUAUUGAACAUAAAUUUGGAAAUAAGAAACACUGAUUGUUAUUUGUGUGGUUUGGCAAAAAGCAGAUCUAACAUUUAGGAACUUUCAAGAGUAGAAAAAAUAUUAAUAGUAUCGGCGAUAUUUUUUUCAUAUUGAUAUUCAGCCUAGUUACAGCUACCGUCGAGUUUAAGCCAACAAGAAACUGUGAGACAGUAGUUCAUGUUCUGUAAAUUUUUACUUCUUUAGAUAUCAGGAGUGAAUAUACAGAACCUUACUUUCCCUGAUGGUAAGUGUGAAAAUAUGUUGUAAAUGGGAUUUUUGACAGGUGUGGGGGGCUGAUUGAGUAGAGUACUGCCCAUGGAAAUCUUCACACCCUCUCUCAGAUGAGGGUGGAACCACCCCUGAGCAACCCCACGGUCAAACGUAGAACACAUGCUGUGACAUGUACGAGCACUGUAUAUGGAAAUGGUGGGGAAAAUGUCUGGCAAACUAAUAGGAGUAAACACAGGAAAAGAAAAAGCAUUUACUAUAAGGAAACAACUGAAGCUAUGAGGUGGGGAAUUUCAUUGCUUUUUACUUGUCUCAAGACAAUGUUAUACCGUACUGAGUUUAAACUCUGACUUGUAAUUUUAGUACCCAUAUAAUUAGCCUUUCACUGGCUUAGUACCCAUAUAAUUAGCCUUUCACUGGCUUAUAUAGUACCCAUAUAAUUAGUCCACCAUUUUUGGUAGGCAUCUAAUUCUCGUUAACCAAUGCAGACAAUUAAAACAAUGUGAAAAGCAAUUUUUCAAAAUAAAGUAACCAUUUACAAAGCAAAUUUACCAUCGUUCAUCCAAAAAAUUAUAAAAAGUCACUGUUAUGUGGACUUAUCUCACAGACUUCAGCUGAAAAGUCACCCGAAAAUGGUGGUGUGAGAAAGGCUAAUUGGUUAAUCUGAUAUAUAUAUAUAUACAGCUAUUUCGAUUAAGGUUGUCCCCCAAGCAAAGUGGAAAAGUCUAAUACGAGCGCGAAAGGCUGCUGGGAAUCGCUAAUAAAUUCAUUCAUUUAUUAGUGAUUCCCAGCAGCCUUUCGCGCUCGUAUUCGACUUUUCCGCUUUGCUCGGGGGACAACCUUAAUCGAAAUAGCUGUAUACCAAAUGCAUCUGAUUGGUUAAUGGUCCCUUAAUGGUAGUGGUAUUGGAAGUCAAAUCUAAAUCUCUCUAUUUAAACCUAACAGAUAGGCAUUCUUCAUCACAUUCUUCAUCACAUCCAUUUAGAUGCUGAAGGGGAGAGUGAUGAUUGUGAGCCAGAUCUGCAUCAAUGUGGCAAAUGUAAACAAAUGUUUUGUAACUUAGAGAAGUAUCUGCAACAUCGUGCCAGUAAAUCUUGUAGAAAGAGACAAGCAGAAUCGCAGGAUGUUACUAGUGAUGAUGGAGGAAGUCCAAGCCAAGUGCCUGAAGUUGUCCAUGUAAGAAACUUUCACUUACUCACAUAAAAAAUUCAUAUAGGAAUCAGUGCUGGUAGAAAUAGAUGAGCACGCAAGGACUGCUCGCAGGAAAUGUUAAACAGCUGCAGGAAAUUCCUUUGAAUGCAGAUUUGCCAUUGAAAAUUUGAAGGAAACCUUAACACCCAUGUCCCACUAUGGGCGCAACAACAUAUGGUUGACAGACAUUACUCCUUGAAUUUAAAACUAUGGUCAGCUAGGACACUAUAUGUUUAUGCACAUGCAGAUGUAGCACAAAAAUACUCUGUUGGUCGGCAGGAGAAUUUUGUCUCCAGGUUGUGCUCCCAGGAAGAAAAUUCUUUUUUCCUGCCCAGAUAGGAGUAAGGAAUUCUUAUACAGGAUCCUAUAGGAAAGUCUGACACGUAUUCCUUGAGGAAAUGCGAUUUCCAAAGAGAUUUCUUUUAAAGGUCCAUUUACAUGAUAUGACUAGUCAUAUGUGAUUGUCAUUCUAGCAUAUGAAAACGAAUGCCACUAUCCAUUCAUCAGUUUGUGGUGAAAUUUGAAAUGUGAUAUCUUUACAUGCUUUUAUUCUAGUACUGUAAUUUGUGUCUUGUUUUCUUUAACCCUUUAAGUGGCAUUGUGCAGAGAUACACCCUACUUUAUUAUUUUACCCUGUCUAAUGCCAGACUAUUUUACUCUGUGUAACGCCAGAUGAUUUUACACUGUCUAACGCCAGACGAUUUUACUCGUCAGGGGGAGAGUGCUGCCACUCAAUGGGUUAAUCAGACUAUCUGCUACAUAUCUUUGAUGUAUAGACUAUCUGAGUGAAUAUAAUUCUUUCAAUUUCUAAAUGCUUUCUUAUCAGAUGGAAGCACCAGGCAAUAGACAAGGAAGUGAAAGUCCAGAGCAAUUAGAGCUUGCAAAUAAAAGGUAAGGUUUGGGUACAAUGCAUAAGAGGUCUAUAUACCCUACAUCAUGUUUAACACAACAAAGCCACAGGAAAAAAAUAAAAUACCAUUAAUAUAAAUAAUUAAACACCUGGUUAAAAAAUUUCCAGCCUGUAGCUUAGUCUAUCAAGAUAUGAUCGUCUGGAAACUGAACAGAAGUCAUUGUAUUAUGUUUUUGUCCGAGUUUAUGUUAAUUUGUGCACAGUCACGGUGAUUGAGCUUAAUAAUCGUCCAAUAAGGAUAUAUGAAACGUGCACCCACGAUGAAUAAUGUUUAAUGAAGUUACGACAAAGGAUUUGUGCUUGGUGGGGUACAGUUCAACAUCAAACAAAGGUCUUCUUUGUAGCUUUGAAAGUUUGCUCGGCUUCCAGACCAUCCUAUUGAGGGGCAUCUUGCAAGGGUCUAAACGUCCUGUUUGUGCCUUGUCCUUUUGAGUUACUCGCGCACUAUAAAUUAGAAGUACUUAUGUACUAGUUAAAACAUCAGCAGCCGAACUUUAUAGAUAAAAAUCGGAUGCGAAACGACCCAUCUUAUGAGUUCAUUGGCGCAGUAAAACGACCUAUCUUAUGAGUGUAACGUGCUUAUAAAACGACUCAUCUUAUGAGUUCAUUGGCGAAGUAAUUUUAAAAAUAAACAUUGUCUAAGCCGAGAAAAUCAAAGCUGAAGUUUAUGUAAAUCAGGACGAAUCUUUAUCCGUUUUACAAACAUUGAUUAAACAUUCAUUUUUUUUGAAUUUUCUUCAUGAAUUAUUAAUGUCUUUUUUAAGUACUAGAUAAAACAUGAGCAGCCGAUCUGUAUCUGAUAUACAAACUCCGAACCGAAGGCGAGAUGCGAAUGUUUUAUCGUACUUAAAAAAUGACCCAUCUUAUGAGUUCAUUGGCGAAGUAAUUUUAAAAAUAAACAUUGUCUAAGCCGAGAAAAUCAAGGCUGAAGUUUAUGUAAAUCAGGACAAAUCGUUAUCCGAUUUACAAAUAUUGAUUAAGCAUUCAUUUCUUUUGUAUUUUCCUCGUGAAUUAUUAAUGAAUUUUUUAAGUAAUAAUAGUAAUAUGUCAUAUGUGUUGUAAAUCAGGAAUAAAUAUGAUGUAAUUUCGUGAUGGGUACUCAUGGGUACUCAAUAAAUUUAACAAAACAACAAACCAUGCCUUUAUGUAGAAUAUUGCUUGAGGUCCCUAACAACCUCCCUUUAUAUAUCUUAGAAAACAUGAUAGAAAGGGCGUGGCCCGUAAGAGAACCCAUCUUAUGCCAGAACCAAUGACAAGCACCAUUACCAGUACUGACCAGCCCCAGGUUCGAAUCGCCAUGGAUAGUCUACCAGAGAUCAUUCGACCUGGCUUCACCAGUACUCCGACAUUUGCCACCAUCGGAGCGUACAGGAGUGCCUAUGAGCACGCCGCUGUACCAAACAACAAUGAUCUGUAUGCGCUCAUGGAGUUGACUAAGAAUUCCGGGAUUAAGGAGGUCCACGUGGAUGAAAACGGUGUUACAACAAGUAAGUCGAGUGUUUCGCUUGCAGCUUGAUAGUAGAGACCUUACGAUUUUAGGACGGCAACGGCCAAAACAAACUCAUUCAAAUAAAUGGUAGUAAAGAUAAUUCGUCCUACAUUAUCAAUCGUAUGAAUUUAAUACAGUCUUAGAAGUUGAAGACAUGGGUUUUAUGGUUGGGAAGAGUUCUCCUGAACCCAAUUUGAAGUUACACUUGUUGCGGCUUGAAAUGCAGCCGUUGUAUCAAGACGUGAAAAUAUGUGAUUUGGCGUUGUAAACAGAGCGAGGCCAAUGUCUAAAUUAUUCAUAUAUUGUAAUUUUUCAAUUCUUUUCAAUGAUCUAUUGUAUUGGUAGCCGUUACCGUCGCGUUGCCGUCCUAAAAUCGUAAGGUCCUUAGUUUAGCCCUGGUCGACAAGAAUGAGAGUUGCAACUCUUUUUGGUGCAGGGCUUGUGUUUGACUCUUUUGGCGGGCUCGCGAAGUUCCGCUCCGAAGAUCGUUUUCAGAAGUCUAAACAUAACUAUAUUAACAUUGGCAACAAUUAAAAUAUAAUAUAAAACAAUAUGAUAACUAAAUAACUAAAAUAAAAAAAUAUUUUUCUAAAAUAUUAGGUCGGCCCCGCGAGCUGUUGAACGGCGGAGUUCACCGGAUGUUUCAUCGUUCCCCCCUGAACUCUCCUCCAAAUCACCGUUUCCCAGCCCCCCUGGUAUUACGUAAUCAUGUCCCGGCAAUGUCGUCCAACCAGGAGGUCGUUCACCACCCGGAGAAUGUCAUCCACCCGGAGUCUGUACUCGUACCUUACUCCGGGGUUGAGAACCCGGAUGCGGUGAACCAAAAGGGCGAGAAACGGCGUUACAAAUGCGAUAAAUGCGACCGCGAUUUUAAUCAGCGGGCUAACCUGAGACGGCAUCAACUAGUGCACAGCGGUGAAAAGCCAUUCGAGUGUGAACAGUGUCAUAGGCGCUUCCAACAGCAGGGGGACUUGAAACGACACAUGUUGCGUCACGCUGAGACCACGUGGUAUCACUGUCAAUCAUGUGACAAGAGGUUUAUGAGGCUUGAUCGUUGGAAGGCUCACAUGAAGACACACGACGAGAAUGGAACACUCCCCCCGGACGUCGGGGCUUCCAUGGUUGAGAUGAGUAAUGGCGCCACGGCAGGGACGGGGGAGGGUGAAUCAACCGAGAAACCUAUGGGAUCACAUCAUAUCUGUUCCAAGUGCAACCAAACUUUCAUGGAACCCGAUGAACUGUUGGUUCACACAUGCGCAGAUGGAAACAUACGCGUCACCGCCGUUCCCAUGGAGACCGCGCAGGAUGCCUCGGAUUUGGAACCAGAGGCGGUUGUGAGGAUGGCGGAACGGUUCGUGAGAACGCAAGCGGCGGACUCGGACCACUCGCGUGCGUACAGUUCGUCGCGUUCCACAAGAGGGAAGCUCACAAACCCUCACAAGUGCCCGCUGUGCAAUGCUCAUUAUAAAAACGAGGACUCGCUAAAAACGCACAUCCUAAAACACUCCGGGGAAAAAAAAUACAAAUGUGACCAAUGUCCGAAAGCGUUCUUCACCUCAAGUAACCUGAAAAUCCACAGACGCAUACACUCUGGAGACAAACCGCUGAAAUGCAAAGUCUGCUUUAAGGCGUUCAGCGAUCCUUCGAAUUUUAACAAACACAAGAAAUCCCAUAUCAAGGGUAAGCUGGAACCUCGGGGUACGCAGAAGAAGGGACGGAAACGCGAGGCUAAAGAGGAACACCCAGGGUUUAACGAGACUUUGGUGGAAGCUGUGGGUAAAGAGGGUGAAGUGUUGCAAUUUGGAUCCCCGUCAAGAGAGUUUCUCCAAAGUCAAUAUGAAGCAUUAUUACCCGCGUUGGAAGAUGGUCGAUCUGAAGGGAAGGUUGAAGGUGAUGCAGCAGAGGGAAGUGAAGGUAUAGACAGUACAUAUGGUGAUGAUCCCAUGAAGUACUCUGUGCCGUUCAUAGAAUCACCAUCUUAUUAAAUCACCUUCAGCUUGCUUUUUAUUUUCUUGCUUUUUUGAGAGUUAUUGCAUGUCAUGUUUGAAUGGCGAUCAAAAUCAUUGUAUUAAUUUAACACUGUGAAAUUCAUACUACGGAAUUUGUGAUUGCAUCAUUAAAUCCAUAGUAUAUCCAUAUUAUUUCCAUACUAUAUCCACAGUAAGGGAAAUUAUAAUUAGUAUAAAAAUUGGAUUUGCAUACUAUUUCAAUGCUAUUUUCAUAGUAAGGAUUUGAAAGGAUUUGAAAACAAAUUUCAGUGUUAAGCCGCCAUGUAUAUCUUCAAUUUUUGAGGCAAUUUAAUUCAGGAUGUUACAUGUAAUGAGGGUGUUAUGUGAGUAUACGCAGAGUCAUGCGAAACAUGUCUGGCAAUUGGGAAUACUCUCCAAACGACAAACAUAUAUAUCGAGAAUUGAGAAGCAAGCUGAAGUUUUGCAUACACAAAAUAUAAAGGUUCACAAGAAGUAAUGAAUCUUUAAAUGUUCUAAAAUGUUGGAUUCUUGUCUGGCUAUAAUAAGAAACAGUCCUCGUUUGCUCGCGUAAUACAGCCUUCUGGAAAGUGCUCAGUCUUGGGUAUAGAACCUUGUGUCCGUGAUUGAGAUAUUGGGUUUAGGUGCCUUUACUUCGCUACACGAAACCAUACAGUUAUAUCAAUGAUUAUAGCAUUUGUAAAUUCUGAACGCUGAUUGACUGAGAGCCGUGUUGACAUAACUCAAUGUCAACACGGAAAAUUUCUUUGUGCUAUAUUAUAAAAAACUAUAAAACAUUUUUCCGCAUUGAUAUACAGUUCUAUCAACACAAGUGGGAAUUAGGAAAACAUAAAAUUGUGUGAAAACACUCCGCCCUUUGGGCGUCGUGUUACCACACAAUUUCUCGUUUUCCCAAUUUCCACUUGUGUUGAUAUAACUGUAUAUCAACACGGAAAAUGUUCUAUAUUUGUUAAAUAUAAAAGGCCUGUUUAGAAUAACGUUAUCAAUGACAAAGUACAGGGCUGAGGGGCUCUAGAGCCAAUAUCUCAAUCACGGCAAACGAGGGUCUAUAUAUUAUAGCCACGGCAAUGUACUUUGCGGAAGGGUGUAUUACCUGAAGAACGAAGAGCGUUUAAAUAAUCUAAUCGUACUACAAAAAUAGACGUAAUUUAAGUUAUUCGGUAAUGUAUGUGUAUAAAGAAACAAACUAAUAUACUAAUGGCUAAAGAUGGAUUCAUUACUAAAAUAGGAAAAAUUCAUGUAAGGAGAGCAUUCGGCAACGCGAAAAUGACUAGCAACACAAGGGAAUUUAUCAUAUAGCACUAAUGAAAUGAAUAAAUAUGAAAGUCUUAGACCGAUUUACAGUACAUAACUUUUGCCUAAAACUGUCGCAUGCAACCUGUUUACAACUUGAGUUGUACUGUGUGAAUCAAGCACACAACUCGCCUACGUUGUCAUGGGUGAGUUGUGUGUUUGAUUUACACAGUACAACUCAAGUUGUAAGCAGGUUGCAUGCGACAGUUUUAGGCAAAAGUUGUGUCGUGUAAUAUUUGUGACUCUGUCGUAAAAUUUUGAAACGGUAUUUAUGGCUAAUAGUAUCUUUCAUAAGACCCAUCGUCAUGGAGCGCAAUAAAAUAAAAGAGUCUCAUUAGAAUCUUAUUAGAAUAUCAUUAUUUGACUUCCAUCUGCCUUUGUGUUAAAUGUCGUGGGAUUUCGUCAAAUUUACCAAUAUAAAAAGAGAUUGAUCAUGUGGUCCAACUAUUUUAUUUGGCCGUUGUCGUUGCGUUGCCGUCUUUUAUGCUAAUCUCUCCUAAGUGACGCGAUAAUUUGGUCACAAUUUCUUCGGAUACAAAAAUACAAAUAUCGUACAAUUAGAUCCGGUACAAUAGGGCAAGUUUAUGAAAAAGGUCAGGUAUGGGUUUCGGGCCUAGAACAUUAUUGAAAAAAAUAUGCAUGUAUUCGGAGAUAUGAGUUCAUGUAUUUGGGAAUAAGAAUUUAAUAUAUCGAGCCAGAUUUAGAUAUUUAAAUUAUUCAUAUUGAUAAGAAAUAUGUUUAAAUUAGGCUUAUGGCGAGAUAUGGGAAUAUAUUAUAGAGGAUUUUAAGGGAGUUAUGUAAAAUUUCGAAUAUUCUAUUGCAACAGUUGGAACAGGUUUUUUAAAUUCUGAUUUCUAGCUCUCUUCAUUGUAUAUCUUACCGAGUAUAAAAGUGUGUGCUGUUGCAGAUAAUAUUGAUGCGUUUCAGCAAAGUUUACACUACCAAAGUUGCUCCAACAACUUGUUACCGUCCUGCAAUUCAACAAUUUGUCAACAAGUUGUGAGUGACAACCUUGUAGCAACUUGAUAAAAUAACAUUCAUUGUUACAACUUGUUGACAAGCUUGCUACAAGGCUGUUGCGAACACAAUCUUGUUGACAAGUUGAGAUUUUUACGUGUGUACCAAACAAUCUUCUUCCUGAUCUUUGGGCUUUCGCUCCAAAAGUCAAAAGUGUUUGAAUUUAUUAUCAGAACACAAGCCACGGUAGCUUUUUAGGUCACAAGCCCCUUUAAGGUCCAUGCAUGUGUAUUCAGCUAAUUUCAGAGGGCUAGAAAUCAGAAUCGUGUAUGAUAAGUUAGCUAGCUUACGUUGGUAUUGUAGUAUAUUAUAUAUAUUAUUUAGAUGUUAAUGUAUUAAACCAAGUAAUAUAGUAUUAAUAUUAUGGGUGCGAAACACCAGACUUUUAUUUAUUAAGAAAUUAAAGUAUGCCUUAUUUGAAAAGUUUAAACUAUAUUAUAGGAAAUGUAUGUAUUAAGUAAAUAAAAUAUGUUCAAAAGGUG